GUUCUCUCCCCGGCUCUGGGAGGGGAGUGGGGUCUGGUGGUUAGAGCCAGGGGCCAGGACGCCUGGGUUCUUUUCCAGGCCUCGGACCUGCGGGUGGACUUGACCAAUGAGCCGAAGACCAAGCCGGAAGUGGGGCAGCUGCAGUUCGGGAAGCAUUUCACCGACCACAUGCUGACGGUGGAGUGGGACCGGGAGCGGGGCUGGGGCCAGCCCCACAUCAAACCUUUCCAGAGCCUGAGCCUGCACCCGGCCUCCUCCGCCCUGCACUACGCUGUGGCGCUCUUCGAGGGGAUGAAGGCUUUCCGGGGCCCGGAUCAGCGUGUCCGUCUCUUCCGCCCCCUGAUGAACAUGGAGCGUAUGUCCCGCUCGGCCGCCCGGGCCAGCCUGCCGCCCUUCGACCAGCUGCAGCUCCUGGAGUGCAUCCGCCAGCUCGUGGCCCUCGACCAGGACUGGGUGCCACACUCGGACAGCGCCAGCCUCUACAUCCGGCCAACCUUCAUCGGCACCGAGGUGGGGAGCCCAGCCCCUGGGGUGCCCUGACGUUCCCCUCCCUCCGCGGGACUG